AUGGCAAAAUUUGAUAUUUUCCUCAUCAAGUUGUCUUUAGUUCUUUUUAUAGAAAUCACUUGUGUUUUGGGGAAAAGUUUCCGGACACAUAAGUUAGAUGAUGAAUUUAGUGGACUAAAAACAACUAAGUUAUCUCCUGAUGAAAGCAAUUCAAACUCACUAGAGUAUAAAGUUUACAACUACACACAAACAUUGGAUCAUUUUAAUUUCAAUCCAGAUAGUUACAUGACCUUCCCACAACGUUAUGUCGUUGUAGAUAAAUAUUGGGGAGGGACAACGAAUAGCUCCCUGAUCUUUGUUUAUACAGGAGAAACGACUGACAUCAUAGAAGACGUCAAAUAUGGUGGUUUCCCCCCAGUUCUUGCGUCACGAUUUAAUGCUCUUUUGUUGUACAUUGAGCAUCGGUAUUAUGGUACUUCAACGCCAUUUGGUUCCCGAGAAGAGGCAUAUAAAAAUACUACCACUCUCGGAUACUUUACCACAGAGCAAGUUUUAGCAGAUUAUGCUCAACUUAUAAUCGAUGUGAAGAAGAAUAUGUCAGCAGAAAACUGUCCUGUCAUAGUUAUUGGUGCUUCGUUAGGUGGAAUACACGCUUCGUGGUUUCGUUUGAAAUAUCCACACAUUGCUUACGGAGCAUAUGCAUCAUCAACUCCGAUCCUAUACUUUCCAGGACUUGGUACUCCUGAAAAUGGAUACUCAGUUGUUGUAUCAAACAACUUCAACACAACAAGUACCAGUUGCUACAAUACGAUAAGAGAAUCUUGGUUUGAAAUCGAUAGAGUUGCUGCUCAAUCCGAUGGUCUUUCAAGCCUUUCGCAGAUGUUCAAUACAUGCAUGCCGUUGAACACGAGUAAAGAUCUGAAAAUCAACUUGGAGGCGCGAUACAAUGGCUGGGCUGAAUUUGAUGACCCUGCAAGCAACUAUUUACAGCUUUUCUGCAAUGCUACCGAUGAAGGGGGACAGAAGACUUACAUUCUUAACAAGAUCAUUAACGGAUUUGUUGCGAUGCGUGGACAAAGAUGCAUCAACAUAGUCGAUUUUAGCCCUAGAUACGAUUCUGGAUGGGAUUGGCAGACAUGUACGGAGAUGGUAAUACCGACGGGGCGUGGAGAAAACGAUACAAUGUUUCAAGCAGAUCCGUUCGAUCUAUAUAAAUACACCAAGGAAUGCCAACAAGUUUUCGGUGUCACCCCAAAACCUUAUCAGAUCUCUCUUGAGUUCGGUGGCUAUGGUAUUAAAACGGUGCUAGAAAAGUUUGCAAGCAACAUUAUCUUUUCCAAUGGACUUCGAGAUCCAUAUAGUUCCGGAGGCGUUCUUCAAAAUAUAUCUGACUCAGUUCUGGCUAUAAACACCCAAGAAGGGCAUCAUGCGUUGGACAUGAAUACUCCGAUGGCUACGGAUCCGGAUUGGUUAGUUGCUCAACGGGACACCGUGAUCAACGUUAUACAAGGAUGGCUAUCCAAAUAUGUUGUUCCCAAUUAGUUAAAGUCGUAAGAUCAUGUAAGAGUAAUAAUAUGUCAAUGUACAACAACUUCUACAAGAAUGUCAAGGAAAGUUGAUGGCGAUCAAUGUCUGUUUAGUAGCCCAAUAUGUUUUUUUCU